UUUUUUAUUAUGUUUUUAGGUAUCUUUCAGAACCGAAAAAUUAGGAAUGGAAUUGAUUGAAGCAGCGAAAUACGGAUCAUCGAAAGCCACGAUUUCGGGCAGACUCGAAUUUCAUUGUAGAGAACCUAAGUCAGAUCCUAUCACCUUUACUACGAAAGAUUCUCACCUAGUCUUGCCUCCAUGGAAAAGUUCAAAGUCAGGAAAUAUUUCAUUCAAGAUACGAACAAAUGAACCGGAUGGCCUUGUUAUGUACAGUCAAAGUGGAGCAUCUUCUAGAGGUGUCUUAAGGGUAAGGAACGUCCUUGAAGCUAUAAAAUGUACUCCACGAAAUAAAAUAAUUUAUUUGAUGCCGUAAGAUACACGGCGGAGUUCCUAGGAUAGUCCACCUUUACAAGCAUGGAAUGUUAUCAAUGUAUACUUGUAAACUUGUAAUUAAGGUGUUUUUCUGUUCUUUAGGAACUAUAGUUUCAGAGAAAAUAUCACUAGGAUGAAAAUAUAUUUCAUGUAAAACUUCUC